AAAACGACGCGAUCUCAUUGGGCAGGGUUGGAGGUAGGCGAGUGAUUUCAAUACGUGCAGUGUGUGUGGCAAACGAAUCGCGCAGUCUAGGCGUGAGCUCGCAUUCAGCUUUACGGUUCCCUCCACACGUUACUGGAGCUGUCAACGCAAAGGCUAGUGGCUUGAUCCUUGAUCACAACGUGUUCCCUGAUGAACAUCGCCCGUGCUGCAAACCUGCCAAGAUCCUGACGCCACAGGUACUCGGUGAAAAAUAAUUUGCAACUAUGGCUACAGAAUCCGGCACGGAUUCUGAAUUGACGAACAUUCAGCAGGAUCCCCCUCCACAGGAGCAGCAGCCUGUUGUGCAACAAGAGCUGGCAGCCAAUAAAGAACAUAAACCAUCAGAUACCAACCCUAGCCAGCAAGAUCAGGUGAUGAAUGCUGAGAAAGAUAAAAAAGCAGAAAACAUUCCAAAAGUGGUUGAAGAGCUGGACGCUGGAGAAACAGAUGAUGACAAAACUUCAGAAAGGACCACACCUGGCAAAACCCCCAAAUCUCCCUUAAAAGGAUCCAAAAAACCAAAGACUAUGCCAUGCAAGGUGGCCCUUCUGGAUGGCACAGAAUUUGAGUGUGAAGUGGAGAAACGGGCCAAGGGACAAGUGCUUUUUGAUCUGGUCUGUGAGCAUCUCAACCUGCUGGAGAAGGACUACUACGGGCUGACAUUUUGUGACUCUGAAAGCCAAAAGAACUGGCUAGAUCCUUCAAAGGAGAUAAAAAAGCAAAUCCGAAGUGGCCCUUGGCAUUUUGCGUACACAGUGAAGUUCUAUCCCCCAGAUCCGACCCAGCUUUCUGAAGAUAUCACAAGGUAUUACCUAUGUCUGCAGCUGAGAGAUGAUAUUAUCUCCGGACGGCUACCUUGCUCUUUUGUGACACAUGCUCUGUUGGGGUCGUACACAGUUCAGGCUGAGUUGGGAGAUUAUGAUCCUGAGGAGAAUGGACCUGACUACGUCAGUGAGAUUCGCUUUGCCCCGAACCAGACGAAAGAACUUGAGGAAAGGGUGGUAGAACUGCAUAAGACCUACAGGGGCAUGACACCAGGAGAAGCAGAAAUGAACUUUUUGGAAAAUGCUAAGAAGCUGUCUAUGUAUGGAGUGGACUUGCAUCAUGCUAAGGACUCGGAAGGAAUUGAUAUCAUGCUUGGAGUUUGCGCAAAUGGUCUUCUGAUCUACAGAGACCGGUUAAGAAUAAAUCGUUUUGCUUGGCCCAAGAUUCUCAAGAUUUCGUACAAAAGGAGUAACUUCUACAUUAAGAUCAGACCUGGAGAAUAUGAACAGUUUGAAAGCACCAUUGGUUUCAAGCUUCCAAAUCACCGAGCUGCCAAGAGACUCUGGAAAGUCUGCAUCGAGCACCACACGUUUUUCAGACUUGUGUCUCCUGAGCCACCUCCAAAAGGAUUUCUCGUAAUGGGCUCAAAGUUCCGUUAUAGUGGCCGUACGCAGGCUCAAACAAGACAAGCUAGUGCUUUAAUUGAUCGGCCUGCACCCUAUUUUGAACGCUCCUCAAGCAAAAGAUAUACAAUGUCAAGGAGUCUAGAUGGAGAGUUUUUCCGUCCAGCUUCAGUCGGGGAAAAUCACGACGCACUUUUGAAAGAGUCAACGAAAGAUGCAAGCGAGACUUCAAGGACAGAGACUCCAGACACAACACAGUCAGACAGCAAGAAGUCGUCCCAGAAGUCAGAAAAAACCGAGGAAGUGACCACACCAACAAAAAUUAAGGAAAUGAAGAUGGAACAUGAAGAUGAGCCGAAACUUAGGCAAGAGUUCCUGGACAAAUCAGAAGAUGUACUGUUGAAGCAUCAAGCCAAUAUCAAUGAACUAAAACGAACUUUACAGGAAUCCACUAGUAUUAAGCUAAGUCAUGGUGACCGUGAAAAAAAAUUAACUACUUCCCCAUCUUCAUCGAAACCCAAAGACAAAGAGCAGGAGGAGUCACAGAAACUCCAGCAGUCUGCGAGAGCUGAAGAGGAGGCGAAGGAAGAGCCUGCUUCUCAAGUGGGUGCCAUUGCCUUAUCUCUGGAAGCUUCAGCAAAGAAAAGCCUUGCAUCUUCCCCUGAGGGCUCUGAGGAAUGGGUUAUAAUAGACAGACGUGCUUCUAGGCUAGAAGAACUAGUUGUAGUUGAAAACAAAAGUGACAGAACAGAAUCCAAAGAAGAUGAAGCAGUUGAGGCUAUAUCACUUGUUUGUGACAAAAGGCAAAUUGUAUUAGAACUAUCUUCUCCUGAAAUGGAGCUUAUAAAAGAAGAAUUUCACAAAGAUGAGCCAUGCGAAGAAGAAUCUCCUGAGCUUGAAGAGCUUUGCGUCACAUCGGCCACUCACCAAGAAGAUGCUUCAAAAACUGAUUGGGAGAAAAAGACAAUAGCACCUCUUUUGAAUAGCACACAGUUAGUGGAGUCAGAUGAACAAAAGAUUCCUGAGAGAUACCCAAACGAGCCUGAAGAAGUCCUAACUGAGAAGCUUUUAAAUGAAGAGCAGGUAAUCUCUGAAACUAAAGCAGUUUCUGACAAAGCUGAUAUCAUCACCAAAGUUCCAUCAGAACAAGAUUCAGUAAACACUGGAAAAGGACUACCUUCAACUAAAGAAAUGUUGAACUCUUCAAAAUCAGAUUCCAAAGCACCUGGAGAGACUGAGUCUACAUUGUCUUUACCAAUGGAUGGAGAGCAGUUUAAACUUAUUUCCUCUGGAAAUGAUGAAACCAAGUCUAAACAGCAUAAAAAAGACUCCGAGCCAGCAUUCCCACAGGAUGAUAACAACAAAUCCAAACCAGGUUCUCCAAUAGCUGACCAAACACUAGAUCCAGGAACUCAGGUAGGCCAGCAAGAAGUAGGAAAGACAGAUUCCCAAACACAUGAACAAGAGAAGAAAGAGAAAAUCAAAACAGCUUUCCAAAAUGACCAAGAGAGUAUGUCAAUUCACUUUGUGAUCAACAAUGGCAAAUCACAAUCAAAUGAAGAGAAGAUAUCCAAGUUAAAUUUCUUAGAGAAACUAUACACAACAAAAGUGGUUGGCCAAGAGGAAUCUAAGUGUAUUUUUGAAGCAGAAAUAAAAUGUGAGCCCAAAUUCAUUCUCCCAGUUGUUGAAAAGGAAGCUCAAAUAACACCAACUGAAUACAAAAGUAUUUUGCAGUCGGAUGUUAUUGAAACUUAUAAAGUUGAAGAACCAUCAAAGCCUUAUCUUUUUCAAGACCAUGUCAACGUGUCACAGCCAUGCACUACAAGAUGGGGCAAAAAAGAGUCAAGGGACAUUGCAGAGAAAGAAUCGGAAGAAUGUCUUCUAUCAAUUGAUUCAGGGCUUUCAAAGCUGUGUUCCCUAGGAGAGCAUGAAGCAUCAAGGCUAGAAGAGGAUGAAAGCGAGCUGAAGCUCUGUACCACAGAAGAAGGAAGCGAGCCACAGCCGUGCACAGCCCAGGAUGGAAGCGAGCCACAGCCAUGCACAGCGUCGGAUGGAAGCGAGCCACAGCCGUGCACAGCGCCGGAUGGAAGCGAGCCACAGCCGUGCACAGCGCCGGAUGGAAGCGAGCCACAGCCGUGCACAGCGCAGGAUAGUGAUAAGUUCAUAUCCUUUUUGCCAAAGGAUGAUAAAAUACUCGAGCCAGUGCUCCAGAGUGAUGCAAAUGAUUCUGCUAAAUCUGAAGUUCCUGUGCAGUUUUCUCCAGAUAUAUCUUCAGACUUGGAUUGUUCAAAAUCUAAGAACUUGCUGGAACUUGACAGCUUGGUAUCCUCUGAAAUGCCAUUGGAUGCAAGCCAAGAUCAAUCUGAUCAGUUACUGCCCAUGAAUGACAAAAUAGAUUUCAGUUCAGAAACUCAAAUAGAAUAUGCUGAGAAAAAAUCAUGUGAACCCAAUUCUCCUGAUCUUGAGUUGUUGGAGCCAGAUUUAAUCAUUAAAGCGGAAUAUUCACACGUCAAUGAAUUAUCUAAACUAAAACCAUCAACAGUGGUCAUGCUGUCAUCAAAAUCGAUUGAUGAAUCUAUAUCCAUUAAACACACAGAACACGAGUAUGUAGAGAUCACAAAAAGACCCGCUGAAGUGGAGUCAAAAAUAGUUACUUUAAAACACACUUCCAAACCUGGAAUGGAGAGCUCAAUAGUUAAGUGUGGCAGAGAACUUCCAAAUCCAUUAGAGGAGGGGACAGAAAUUUAUUCUUCAUCCAAACUUAAAGAGAGAUAUGCAGAAGUAUAUGAUAUGGGCUCAGCUACCCUGAAGGAUAAAAUAUCCUAUUUUGAAUUGAAAUUGGGAGAAAAUACUUGCUCAAAAAAGCCAAUUAAAGUCUUUGAGCAUGCCGCACAGAUUUCUGAAGUUGGAUCUCCGGAUUCAGGCUGUGAAGUGGAAUUGACCGAAGCAACGACUAAACCUCCUGUUCUUGAAUGUGCCUUGGAAGACAGGGAAGUAAAAGCCUCACAGGAAGCUUCAAAAUCUCCAGGGAAAUCACCAGUAAAAGGAGAGACGUUCGAAAGUACUGUUACUUCAGUAAAUAUCACACAGGAGCCAUUAUUUCCACAUAAACAACAUGAAGAAGAAUCUGACAAAUCCCAGAGUACUGAAGCAAAGCAGGAACCACAAAGAAAGCCCAUGGUAGCCAAACAAGAAUCUGAAGAAGCCAUGGAGCAGAUGCAAGAACUUGUGAUCCAGCCGUUGGUGACAAAGGAGAUAGGGGUGGAAGCAGAACACAAACGUUCAAACAUCUCUAUAAAUUCCUCAGGAAAUGUUGAAGCUGAGAAAGAAUAUACAGUACCAGGUAAAGUCGAAGAAGUAGAUGAAAUAUUAGAAGUGAACAAGUUAUCAACACAAACCAAGAUGUUGAAACGAGAAAGAACAGACAGUGCCACCUCUGAAGAUAAUGUCAACACUCUGCCUGAUAUAAGCACUGAAAAACAACCUGUUCAAGGGGAUGGAAAGGACCAACAUAAGAGCAUUGACCAUGAUCCUGAAAACUCUCAAGAGAAACCUCAACAGGAGGAUGUUAUGAAAACCAAAUCUGGACUGCCAAGUGAUGGAAAGAGGGAAACUUCUUCAAAAGAAACAUCUUCACCUAUUGAGGCAAAAUCAAUCACGAAAACCCAGGUUACCGUUAUCCCAGAUCUGGCAAAUGAAACUACAACAAGUUCACAAAGUAUUGUCUCAGAAACUGUAUCCACAUCAUUUGUUGACAGUGGCAGUGGAGCUGCAAAUGUAACAAGUCCUCAGUCUGUGACUUCUGAAACCAUAUCCACAUCAACCACUACUCAUAUCACCAAGUCAGUGAAAGGAGGAUUUUCAGAAACCAGGAUUGAGAAAAGAAUCAUCAUCACAGGUGGUGCUGACGUUGACCAAGACCAGGCUCUGGCUCUUGCAAUUAAGGAAGUGAAACAGCAGCACCCUGACAUGCUCGUGACAAAAGCUGUGGUUUAUAAAGAAUCAGAGCCUGAAACAGAGCAAAAUGCAAAGGAAUCAAAGGAAUAACAUGGAAGUAGAAGUCCUCAAAACACCGCGAAUAACAGAAUGGAAUCACACUGAUGCUUUCAUCAGCACAGACUUUCUCUGCCUUGUUAGUUUACUCAGAAGAAACAGGAAAGAAUAUCAAUAUCAAUGUAAAAAUAUACUCCUGUUGUGCAAAAAAAAACAUUUCAGUUCCAACCGCCGCCAAGAAAAUAAAACAUCUGCAAGUUGAGAAAACACAUGUUUUGAGAGGAGAAAGAAAAUCAAAGGAAAACUCGAUCCUCUAACCAUCAUUCCAAAGUAUAUGAGCUUUUCCAGCGGUCAGAAUCCCACAUGGGAGUACCAUUCAUGGAGAUGGAAGUGAAAUCUUGCAACUAAUGUUUAAUAAUACAUGCUUAUGCAAUGGAUGUCAACUUAAUUUCCUCCUUUCUUUUGAUCUGCUAAUGACGGUCAGCAACUAUCAUACAAAUUAUCUGAUGGAAAUGAAUGGUACAUUUUGGUUCCCAAUUUGAAUUUGCAUUAAUUUAUACUGAAGUAUGCUUAUCUGGUUAUGUAAAGAUUGGAUGUAUUUCUCCUCUGAACUUUGUAAUAUUCAAAUGGUAACCUGGUAUUGGUUUUUAACCGAUACUUGGUUUGGCAGCAGUUUGUGUUUUUGUAAAUUAAAAAAGACGUAAUUAUUUGAAAGUGAAUAAUUUUAGGCAAAUGAGGUUUCACAGAUGUCUUAAUCAAAAGAUAGUAGAUAGAAGUUUGUUAGCGCACAACUAGCUGUUACAGGUGAUAUCUAUAGGAAGAUACUCAAACUAGUGGUUCAGUAAAAAUACUUAGCAAUGGUUCACAAAGGACAGAACUUCUCAUUCUAAUCAACAUCCUCACUAUUCCAAAGCACCAUGGGCAUCUGGUGUCUAUUCUCAUAGCUUGUUCUGAAUCCUUAAAGAAUUGUUAAAUUUAACUUGUUUGUUAACAGUAAAGCCAGGAAAGGAAUAUUAUACAUUGCUGAUUAUACAAAUGGGCUGCUUCACCUAUCUAGCAUGACAAAGGACAUCAGACUCAAGAUUUGUAGUGAAGCACUUGAGUUCUGCCUAUCUAAUUACAUGCUGUCACAUAAGAUAUUAAGUGCCAUGUGCAUGCUUAGAUGAUGCAAUGGACAGCUGAGAGAAGCAGAAGAUUUGCACACUUGGCAUUUAAUCAGAUGUAGUUUGUUUGUUUACCAUUGCUAAAUAUAUUUUUGAUAGGAUCGUUUUAGUGACUUACCCAAUAUUUUAAACUGAACGAGUGAUGAAGUAUUUGAGCAUAUUUGCAAUUGUAUCAACAGCAGACAUGAAUUUGUGUGUGCAUGAGUGCAUUAAAACACCAUAUUACAAAUAUGAAAUGCUCCAUAAUUGCUUUUCUCCCCCUAUAGCUCUAUGGUAUGUAUUCAUUGUAUCCUUUUACCUUCAUAGUGAAAUAAAUGUGCCAGUUGCA